CAUCUACCGACUCCAGCAGUGUCUGUGAUCAUGGUGGCUGUCUCCUAUUGCAGGAGUUUCUCUCUCCUCUUAGUAUUUCUUGGAUUAGCUACAGCUCUACCUUCUGGUGCUCCACCUCAAGCAUGUGUAUCUCUAGUACCAGGUCAUGGUGCUGUUCCCAUUGAUCCAGCCCUCCGUCCUCCUCCUUAUUUCAUUGUCUCUGAUCUCUUGAUGAAAAAUGGAUCCCUAGUAUAUGAACCUGAUGAGACAUAUAAUAUCAGUUUGAUCAGUGUGCUUGGAGCAACAUUCAGAGGUUUCAUAGUCCAAGCCAGAGAUGUGAAUGGGUCAGUGAUUGGUAUGAUGGAUACCAGUGGCUCUAAUGGUCAGGCAAGACUAGCUGACUGUCCAGACUCUAAUAAUUCCACUGUAACUCAUGUUAAUAAUUACGAUAAGUCAAGUGUCUCAUUUCAAUGGACUGCUCCCUCAGGGUUUGAUGACAUUGUGGAACUAAGGUAUUCUGUUGUGAUCAUGUUUGCUUCAUAUUAUGUGAAUCUCAAUGCUGCUGAUUUCCCUGUUAACUGCAAUAUAACACUCACUGAUGUAGGGACUCAUCCUCUUAUAUUCCGUAUGCCAGAGAACUGCCCACGUCAAGAGUGUGAGUACUUUGUUGGUCUUGGACUCAAUCCAUCGGAUCCAACUUAUCUUGAUGUAUAUCUUGAGGGUAAUGCUGCUGGAUGGAUAGCUAUUGGAUUUUCCAACAACACACAAAUGGAGAAUGAUGAUGUAUUGGGUUGUCGUGUUAAUUCUGGUACAGUAACAGUAGUUGAUACAUGGAAUCCUUCUCCUAGACAAGCACCUAAUAUGCUUGAUGCUACACAGGAUGGACUGUGUGUUCAAUCUACAUCAUUUACCAACAGUAGAAUAACCUGCAGUUUAAGUCGUUUAAUCAAUGGGACUGAUAUUGGUCAAGAUUAUGAUCUUGACAAUCUUUUCUAUUUAUUAUAUGGACGCCGUGCAGCAGAUCAAGGACCUCUUACAUCAUUAGGCUAUCAUACUGCUAAUGGCGGUAUGACUCCUAGUAUUAGUCCAAUCCAAUACAAUCCUGUUAAUGAUAACAAUACUGAUGGAAGAUGUCCAGUAGAAGUUACUGGCAUUGAGUCACAUAAUCUAGUCUUUGGUAUGCCUGAAGGCUGUUUGAGGGCUGAUUGUGAAUAUUAUGUUGGAUUGUCGCCAAAUCCAUCAGAUCCAACUUAUCUUGAUGUAUAUCUUGAGGGUAAUGCUGCUGGAUGGAUAGCUAUUGGAUUCUCACUAAACACACAAAUGGAGAAUGAUGAUGUAUUGGGUUGUCGUGUUAAUUCUGGUGCAGUAACAGUAGUUGAUACAUGGAAUCCUUCUCCUAGAAGAGCAGCUAAUAUGCUUGAUGCCACACAGGAUGGACUGUGUGUCCAAUCUACAUCAUUCACUAACGGUAGAAUAACCUGCAGGUUCAGUAGGACUAUUAAUAUUACUGAUGUGGGUCAGGAUUAUAAUUUGAACAGUUCCUAUCAUCUAUUGUUUGGUAGAAGAGCUGCAGAUCAAGGUGUUACUACAGUAUUAGGUUAUCAUACUGAAAAUGGUGGUAUGACUCCUGCUAUUAGUGAACAGCAGUUCAAUCCUGUGGUAGACAAUAAUGCUAAUGAGAGGUGCCCUAGUCAAGCUACUGCUGUUGGAUCACAUAAUUUGUUGUUUGGGAUGCCUCAAGGAUGUGAUAGAAGUUCUUGUGAAUAUUAUGUUGGAUUGUCACCAAAUCCAUCAGAUCCAACUUAUCUUGAUGUAUAUCUUGAGGGUAAUGCUGCUGGAUGGAUAGCUAUUGGAUUCUCACUAAACAAACAAAUGGAGGAUGAUGAUGUAUUGGGUUGUCGUGUUAAUUCUGGUGCAGUAACAGUAGUAGAUACAUGGAAUCCUUCUCCUAGACAAGCACCUAAUAUGCUUGAUGCUACACAGGAUGGACUGUGUGUUCAAUCUACAUCAUUCAUCAACGGUAGAAUAACCUGCAGUUUUAGUCGUUUAAUCAAUGGGACUGAUAUUAGUCAAGAUUAUGAUCUUGACAAUCUUUUCUAUCUAUUAUAUGGACGCCGUGCAGCAGAUCAAGGACUUCGUACAUCAUUAGGCUAUCAUUCUGCUAGUGGCGGUAUGACUCCUAGUAUUAGUCCAAUCCUAUACAAUCCUGUUAAUGAUAGCAAUACUGAUGGAAGAUGUCCAGUGGAAGUUACUAGCAUUGAGUCUCAUAAUCUAAUCUUUGGUAUGCCUGAAGGCUGUUUGAGGGCCGAUUGUGAAUAUUAUGUUGGAUUGUCACCAAACCCAUCAGAUCCAACUUAUCUUGAUGUAUAUCUUGAGGGUAAUGCUGCUGGAUGGAUAGCUAUUGGAUUCUCCAACAACACACAAAUGGAGGAUGAUGAUGUAUUGGGUUGUCGUGUUAAUUCUAGUAUAGUAACAGUAGUUGAUACAUGGAAUCCUUCUCCUAGAAGAACAGCUAAUAUGCUUGAUGCCACACAGGAUGGACUGUGUGUCCAAUCUACAUCAUUCACUAAUGGCAGAAUAACCUGCAGGUUCAGUAGGACUAUCAAUAUUACUGAUGUGGGUCAGGAUUAUAACCUGGACGAUUCCUAUUACCUAUUGUUUGGUAGAAGAGCUGCAGAUCAAGGUGUCACUACAGUAUUAGGCUAUCAUUCUGCUAAUGGUGGUAUGACUCCUGCUAUUAGUGAACAGCAGUACAAUCCUGUUGUAGACAAUAAUGCUAAUAAUAGGUGCCCUGAUCAAGCUACUGCUGUUGGAUCACAUAAUUUGUUGUUUGGGAUGCCUCAAGGAUGUGAAAGGAGUGCUUGUGAAUAUUAUGUUGGAUUGUCGCCAAAUCCAUCAGAUCCAACUUAUCUUGAUGUAUAUCUUGAGGGUAAUGCUGCUGGAUGGAUAGCUGUUGGAUUCUCACUAAACACACAAAUGGAGAAUGAUGAUGUAUUGGGUUGUCGUGUUAAUUCUGGUGCAGUAACAGUAGUUGAUACAUGGAAUCCUUCUUCUAGAAGAGCUCCUAAUGUGCUUGAUGCUACACAGGAUGGACUGUGUGUUCAAUCUACAUCAUUCACUAACAAUAGAAUAACCUGCAGGUUCAGUAGGACUAUCAAUAUUACUGAUGUGGGUCAGGAUUAUAAUUUGAACAGCUCCUAUUACCUAUUGUUUGGUAGAAGAGCUGCAGAUCAAGGUCCUACUACAGCAUUAGGCUAUCAUACUGUUAAUGGUGGUAUGACUCCUGCCAUUAGUGAACAGCAGUUCAAUCCUGUCAGGGAUAGAAAUACUGGAGGCUGUCCACCAGUACCACCAACUGAGGACUUGGUAUACACGUUCCAGCAAGGCACUCAAGGCUCAGGAUAUUAUUUUGGUGCACGUAUCAACCGAACCAAUCCUCUCUAUCUUGACAUGAGGCUAGAGGCAUCAGCCUCAGGAUGGGUUGGGGUUGGGUUCUCUGUUGAUAACCGAAUGGGAGUGGAUGAUGUUUUAGCAUGUCAGCGUGAUCCUAAUUCAAAUAUGGUGACUGCAGUUGAUACAUGGAAUCCAGGACCGGCCCGUGAGCCUAACCAGAUAGACCCUGGCCAGAUUGACAUCUGUCCCUACACUGGAAGUUUUGAGAAUGGAAGAAUAAUUUGCACGUUCAGUCGAUUGAUAAAUACAGGUGACACCAAUAACGAUUUGGACUUGGGUAUGGCAUUAUUUCAACUGUAUGGAACCAGUGACUCUGGAGGUCUGAGUUCAUUAGCCCAGCAUGGUGAAACACCAGCGGUUACUGCUGAGGCUAUUGUAGUCACUAAUGCUACUGGUGCACCUACUGAUGACUUCCCCAGGAGAGAACUUACUAGAGUCCAUGGUAUAUUGAUGAUAGUGGCAUGGCCUCUACUGGUAGUCAGUGCUAUAUUCUUUGCUCUUUGGAUGAAGCCAGCACUACCUAAUGGAGAAUGGUUCCAGAUACAUCGUGCUUUCAUGAUAGUGUCCCUGUUUUUGACUGCCCUUGGGUUCAUCUUUAUUUUUGUUGCUAAUGCCAAGAAUCCUGGAGCACCUUCACCCGGUCUCAUUAGCUUUGCCUGUGGUAAAAGCACAGGUCAUUUUGUCAUUGGAAUCAUUGUAUUCUUUUUACAAAUUAUGAAUCCUAUCAUUGCUAUAUUCCGUUGCAAGCCAACUGGCUCAUAUAGGUGGAUAUUUAAUCUGAUCCAUGGUACUGCUAUUGGUUUCUUGGCUGAGAUACUAGCCUUGGUUAAUGUUGGUUUGGGUAUUGCUUUAUUUGAGUCUGGUUGUGGUGGUACAAACUCUUUCACUCUCCUUUGGGUCUACAUUGUGUUUGUUAUAUUGCUGGUCAUUAUACAGCUUGUUAUGACCAUUGUAUUUACUGUGAUGGCUUUUAGAGCUCCACCUGAAAAGAGAGCUGCAUUGGGUCCAACAUUCCUCAAGUAUUACUUCCAGAGGUCUGCCAAGAGCAGCUUCUCCCCUCCACAGAAAGACAUGGAGAUGACAGAGAAGGGCAAAGCUGCUAGUAAUGAUCCACCACCAAAGAAGAAACCAUCUGAAGACUCUCCUUUCCGCUGGGGAGGUUUUGGUGUCUUUAUCAUCAUUACUUUUGUUCUCGUAGUAGUUAUGGCAAUCAUGGUUGCCGUCAUUUAAGCUCAUCAUCUGUGAAAGAUGCUGCAUAUACAUAGUACAAACAAGUUAUAAAUGCUAUUGCUUUUUGAACGCUAUUUUCUGGUUGUUAUUCUUUUUACACAUUUUAGAGCAUUUUAAAAUACUGACUAUAGUGUGUUUUAGGCCAUUUUUAUUAUCACCCUGUCAAUUUUUUUCAACAAAAUAAUCAUAUUCAUAGUCUGGGUUUAUUGAUAU